GAACUAGAACGGCUCAAUACACAUAAAGUUCUCUUUCUCAGUUGAUUUCUCCGAGUUUUAUUUUAUUUUUUGGUUUAUGACUCUCUCUUUUGCUUGUCCUAUGGGUCUCUUUUGAUUCGGUUAUGAUUAUAUAUAGAUCUUUGAACUUUUCAUUGGCUUGCGUAUGCUUCUUUAUAUUAAAUUUAGUGAAAAAUAUUUAUUUUUUUAAAUGACAUAACUUAUAUCCCUUCACUUUCAGAAAGAGGUAAGAUCCACACCUUAAUUUUUUUUUUCAACUCUCUCUCUUUUCCUUUAUCUAUCUUUUUCUCUCUCUUAAAAUAACACAAUUUUACCUCCUUUGAAAUGACACACACUUUUAUCUUAAAUUAAAUAGGCCCCUUGUAUUUUAUUUAUUUAUAAAAUGUUAUUGUUCUAAGUUUAAUUCGAUUGUUUACUUACUUAGGUCCUCUCUCUGUUAAACUCCAUUGCUGUUGAGGUUUGAGGUGGUUUUGGGAGGGUUGACAUGGAGGAACGGUAUGAGCCAUUGAAGGACCUUGGUUCUGGGAAUUUUGGAGUGGCUAGGUUGGCCAAAGACAAGAAGACUGCAGAGCUUGUUGCUGUUAAAUACAUAGAGAGGGGUAAAAAGAUUGAUGAGAAUGUUCAGAGGGAGAUAAUUAACCAUCGAUCUUUAAGGCAUCCAAAUAUUAUCAGGUUCAAAGAGGUCUUCCUGACCCCUACUCAUUUAGCUAUUGUCUUGGAGUAUGCUUCAGGUGGUGAACUCUUUGAGAGGAUAUGCACCGCUGGUCGAUUUAGUGAAGAUGAGGCAAGAUAUUUCUUCCAACAGCUUAUAUCUGGGGUUAGCUACUGUCAUUCAAUGGAAAUUUGUCACAGAGAUCUGAAAUUGGAAAACACUCUCUUGGAUGGUAAUCCAUCUCCUCGGCUUAAAAUUUGUGACUUCGGUUACUCCAAGGUCCUUGAUAUUCAAUUGCAGUCUGCUUUACUGCACUCUCAACCUAAAUCAACUGUUGGAACUCCUGCAUACAUUGCUCCAGAGGUUCUGUCACGAAAGGAGUAUGACGGAAAGAUUGCAGAUGUUUGGUCCUGUGGUGUGACUCUUUAUGUCAUGUUAGUUGGUGCAUAUCCAUUUGAAGACCCAGAAGAUCCUAGAAAUUUCAAAAAGACUAUUGGGAGAAUAAUAGGUGUUCAGUACUCCAUACCGGACUAUGUACGUGUUUCUACUGAGUGUAGGAAUCUUCUCUCUCGUAUCUUUGUUGCCAAUCCUGCCAAGAGGAUCACCAUCCCAGAGAUAAAACAGAACCCUUGGUUUUUGAAGAAUUUGCCUAAAGAGAUCAUUGAAGCUGAAAGAAAAGGUUUUGAGGAAACAAAGAAAGACCAACCAAUCCAGAGUGUUGAAGAAAUCAUGAGCAUCAUAAAAGAGGCAAGCAUACCAGGACAAGGAUCCAAAGCUGGUGAUGGUGGGCAAGCUGGCACUGGUUCAUUGGAAGUUGUGGAUGAUGAGGAAAUUGAUGUUAGUGGUGACUAUGAACAUGUGUGAUCGAGGCCUUAAUUGGUGGAUAUCUAGAUUGUUUAUAAGACAUAAUCUGCAUUAUCAACAUUUAUCAUACUGUGCAGCACUCAUGUUCUACAGAUACAUUUUACACCUAGGUUUGAAAUAGGGUUUUGUGUUUAUUUGAGUGAAUAAUAUAAAUAAAAGGCUUGAAUUUUUUAUUUUUUUUAAGUAAAUCACAAGGGCAAAAUGGUUUUGUGCGUAGUUU